AUGUUAGCAUAUGGCGUAACAGCUGAUGCUGUUGAUGAUUAUGUGCACAUAGGCGAGAGCACUACAAUUGAAUGCUUGGAAAAAUUUGUUAAAUGUGUUAUUUCGAUGUUCGAAGAUGAAUACUUGCGAAAACCAAAUCCAAAUGGUGUACGACGCCUGCUACAAAUGGCGGAGGGUUGCGGCUUUCCUGGCAUGUUGGAUCGUUCUCCAGUGUUCGAUGAUAUUCUAAAUGACUGUGCUCCGGAGGUAAAUUAUACUAUUAACGAUAAUAAUUAUACUAUGAGAUACAAUUUAGCAAAUUGUAUUUAUCCUGAAUGGGCCACAUUUGUUAAAUCAAUCUCAAAACCACAAGGUGAGAAACGCAAGUUAUUUGCACAAUAUCAAGAAGGACAAAGAAAAGAUGUGGAGCGAGCAUUUGGAGUGUUGCAAGCAUGCUUUGCAAUUAUACGUGGUUCAGCUUGCUUUUAG